UUUACAUGCAACUGCAUUUAUGUCCUCUGCUUCAAGGGAGUGUUAUCUCCCUGAGCAACCUGUGGAAUGUCGCUGAGCGGCUGUCCUCUCGGGGCAUAAAGACAAAGAAGGCAAUAAGGAGACUUUGCUCCUCAGAGGCCGCCCGUGGCUUCCCAUGGGUGUCUCACACAGGGGACACCAACUCAACUGGCACCCUACAGCUCUCUUUCCCACAAAAGCUGGGCUGGUUCUGAUUCUUCACCUGCUGCGGCAGUGACGCACUCAGCCCCACAGGGGGUGGAGGAGCUCCAGGAAGAAGACGAUGUUUUCAAGAAAACUCCCCAAAGCCCUCUGCAUUGGGCUGACUCUGGCCAUCGCUGUCAAUCUCCUUCUGGUAUUUUGUAGCAAGGGGACUUUACAAAACCUGUUUACGGGUGGUCUCCACAGGGAGCUUCCUGUACAUGUGAAUGAGCGCGACGGGGCAGUGAUAAAGAGACUCUCCCACUUGGAAGUGGAAUUGCAGAAUCUGAAAGAAAGUAUGAAAUUGGCUCUGAGGCAACAAGAAAAUGUGAACAACACACUGAAGAGGGCGAAAGAUGAAGUACGCCCUGUUCUAAAGGCAAUGGAAACCAAGGUGAAUGAGACAAAGAAGCACAAAACCCAGAUGAAACUCUUCCCACACUCACAGCUUUUCAGACAAUGGGGCGAGGAUCUUUCUGAGGCCCAGCAGAAGGCGGCCCAGGACCUCUUCCAGAAGUUUGGUUACAACACGUACCUCAGCAACCAGCUGCCUCUCAAUCGCACCAUCCCCGACACGCGAGACUACAGAUGUCUUCUGAAGACAUAUCCGUCCCAACUCCCAUCCCUCAGUGUCAUUCUCAUAUUCGUGAAUGAAGCUCUGUCCAUUAUACAACGGGCCAUCACCAGUAUCAUCAACCGGACACCCUCUCGAUUGUUGAAGGAAAUCAUCUUGGUGGAUGAUUUCAGUUCAAAUGGAGAACUAAAGGAACACUUGGAUGAGAAGAUUAAGCUUUACAACCAGAAGUAUCCAGGACUACUGAAAAUAAUACGGCAUCCUGAGAGGAAAGGUCUUGCUCAAGCCCGCAACACUGGCUGGGAAGCUGCCACAGCAGACGUGGUCGCCAUCUUGGAUGCUCACAUUGAAGUCAAUGUUGGGUGGGCAGAGCCAAUCUUGGCUCGGAUUCAGGAAGACCGCACCGUGAUUGUGUCUCCUGUGUUUGACAACAUUCGUUUUGACACCUUCGAACUGGAUAAGUAUGAACUGGCAGUUGAUGGGUUUAACUGGGAACUCUGGUGCCGCUACGAUGCACUCCCACGAGCCUGGAUUGAUCUGGAUGAUGUCACUGCCCCAGUGAAGAGUCCUUCAAUCAUGGGCAUCCUGGCUGCUAACAGGCACUUCCUGGGAGAGAUCGGGUCUCUGGAUGGUGGAAUGCUCAUCUAUGGAGGAGAGAACGUGGAGCUUAGCCUGAGGGUGUGGCAGUGUGGAGGGAAGAUCGAGAUUUUGCCCUGCUCCCGGAUUGCUCACCUAGAGAGACACCACAAGCCCUAUGCCUUGGAUCUCACGCCUGCCUUGAAGCGCAAUGCUCUGCGAGUGGCCGAAAUCUGGAUGGAUGAGCACAAACACAUGGUCUACUUGGCCUGGAACAUACCUCUCCAGAACUCUGGAAUAGAUUUUGGAGACAUUUCUUCCAGAAUGGCACUCCGGGAAAAACUGAAAUGUAAAACUUUUGACUGGUACCUGAAAAAUGUUUAUCCACUCUUGAAGCCAAUCCACACCAUCGUGGGCUAUGGAAGAAUGAAAAACCUGUUGGAUGAAAAUGUCUGCUUGGAUCAGGGACCCGUCGCAGGCAACACCCCCAUCAUGCACUACUGCCAUGAAUUCAGUUCACAGAAUGUCUACUAUCACCUAACUGGGGAGUUCUAUGUGGGACAGCUGAUUGCAGAGGCCAGUGCUAGUGAUCGCUGCCUGACGGACCCUGGCAAGGGGGAGAAGCCCACCUUAGAACCCUGCUCCAAGGCAGCUAAGAAUGGACUGCAUAUACAUUGGGAUUUUAAACCGGGAGGAGCUGUCAUAAACAGGGACACCAAGCGGUGUCUGGAGAUGGAGAAGGAUCUUUGGGGUAGCCACAUGCUUGUGCUCCAGACCUGUACCACGCAAGUGUGGGAAAUCCAGCACACCAUCAGAGACUGGGGUCAGACCAACAGCCAGUGAUCCUCAGACGGCGCUGGAUCUGGGUCAUCAACUCUUGCAAGUGGAAUGGCUUCUACUCCUAACACUCCCAGCUUGUUUCUCAAUGAGAAAGAAAGCAUGUGUAUGUCUGUUUAUGGCGACUUCAGGUGGGACCUAUGCGUGUGCCGGGGUGUCUCUGUUGGAGAGAGGAGAGGAAACUCUGAUGCCUCGUCCCCAGCUUCCCUGGGAAGGUCGUGAUAUAUAUCAAAUGCCAUUCUUGGAAACUCCUUGAAAUAACCAGCAUCUUUUGGCUGUUACGUGGGGAGAGAAGGAGGACGAUGGAAGUUUAUCUUUGACUUCUGCCCACGAUGUUUAGCCUUCCUUCCCGACAGCUACUGUCGCCAUCUGCCCCACACCUCCUCCCCAGCUCAUCUGCUUGGGGACUCCCCAGGCUGCCGGGGGCCAUUCCACGUGAGAGGCUGGGCCCUCCUCAGGCCGGCAGCAUGACAGCUCUUCAGGUGGCACUAAUUCUCCCUCCUGCCUGGACUGUCCUGAGAUGCAGAAAAUAGAUAAGUGACUUUUAAACAUUCCUCCAUUCAUCCUCCCAUGGCAGUUUUAUUUGGAUUAUCAAUCUCUCCCACACCAAAGAGAUUCUGGAGGCUGAGGGGAGGAGAGAAGGCACUUUGACUCAUCACAGCUGUCCAGGGGACCGUGUGUUGAGAAGGGUAAGAAAACCCAGGGCCAUCGGAGCCUUUCUCUUAGUAGGUCAUAACAUUUAAUGACUUAAUUACCUAUUCCCUCCUCCUAGUCUUGCAAAUUAUGGAGAAGAUGAGGCUUGAAUCAGAGGGACAUCGCUUGUUGGGGGCAAAGAAGAGAUUGCGGCAAAAUCUUAAAACUAGGGAUUCUAUGGCUGCCCACUGGAUAACUAUUUUCUACUAGUUAGUGAGUUGGGAAGAUAUAUCUCAGCCUGCCAAUUUUUGGCAAGGUCUUGGAGGCUGGUGGGACUGGGCACCAUGGUGGGAGAGGAGGUAGGAUGGUCCUGUGUGUGUGGUGUGUUGUGGGAUUACCCUCCAAGCAUGUGCUCCCAGAACCCCUUCUUCAGAGGGCCACUUUUCUCUCUUAGUCCCAUGUCAGGGCUGCCUGGAAAUGAUUUGGGGAAUCAUUAGGUUUUCUUUAGGCAUUAGGCAAGCAGGACAGUGAAGGUACAGAAUUUAAUCAAUUAAAACUUAUAAAAAUGAACUUUUAAAAGUGUACAGGUUAUAAAUAGCUUGAUUAAAAUUUCACUAUGAACACUGCCAUAUCAAGAACUAAAACUACUGCAGAUACGAUUUUAUUAUGAAAAAAUCAAGGGACAAGAUGAAUGUUAAGCAAAUGUAUAACUUCCAGCUUCUGCCUGGCAAAUUGAAGGGAAAAUGCAGUUCACAGCAAAGUUUUGAAAAAGCAUGUACCCAAUAGAAAGUUGGAUAAAAGACACAAUACCCUUAAACAUAUGAAAAGAUGUUUCACCUCAUUCGUAGUUAGAGAAAUGCAAAUUAAAACUGUAUUGAGAUACUUUUCACUUAAAUUGGUAAAAAUUAAGAAGUAGGACAGCACAUUCUUUUGGAAGGGCUGUGGGAAACAGGCAAUCUUAUACAUAAGGCAAACUGGGAUAUUUAGCAAUAUCUAAAGAAACUGUAUAUACAUUUUCUAUUCAUGCCAGUAAUUCCACCUCUAGAGAUUUACCUUAAAAAUAAGAAAAUACUUACACACAAAGUGACUCUUUGCAGUAUUCAUUGUAACUGAGAAAUGUUGAAAAAAAAAAAACGAUGUGGCUGAACAUCAGAGAAUAGUUGAAUACCUCCAUAUAAUGGAGUACUGUGCAGCUAUGAUAAAGGACAAAGACUCUUUCUCUGAACUGAUAUGGGGUGAUUUCCAGUAUCUUUUGUUAAGUGGAAAAAGAAAAAAAGUAUCCAUACUAUGUACCUUUUAGGUAAGAAAUAAGGGAAAAAUAUACCUGUAUCUGUUCAUUUCUGCAAAGUAAAACAUAAGAAGAAUAAAUAAGAAAAUACUGAGAUUGGUUACAAUGGGUGGUGGUGGUUGGAAAUAGGGCAGAAAAAAUUGGGAAUAGGAACGGGAUAGAAGGGAUGUGGGGAGAGUGACAUUUCUCUAACUAUAUAUUUUCUAUAGUUUUGACUUCUAGAACCGUGUUAUGUUUCAAAUGCUUAAAAUAUAAAUAUAUAAAAUCGAUAAAAUAGAAACCCAAAAUGGAGUAUAAACAAAAGUAAGUGAACCUAACUAUAUUUCCAUAUUGUAGAUGAACACAUACACACUCACUCAUGCACACACACAUUGAUCACACGCAGCAUGCAGCAUGCAGAUCUUGUUUCUAAAUAUUUUCCAGUGAAAGGAAUUACAAGCCUUUGGAGAAAUAGCUAAUUUUAGGGCUGGGGCUGGGAUAUCUUUCUAUUUUAGAAAGUUAUAAACUGCUCAGAAAAUUAUAGGGACCUGUCACAAACCACAAUGGUCAGGUAGAAGCGGCUUCCACUGGCCAAAUCUGGGACAAUUUGAGUAUUAAGAUAAAUAACGGUAAUUUUAACUGAGUGGCAUUAACAUCAUCAGUUGUUGGACAAACGGAUAUCAUGGGCCUCCUGAUAUAAUGCAAGAAGAGCACAAUAUCACUUGUAUGGUUUUCCUGCCAAAAUAUAGAACCUGAACCUAUAGUCUUGAGGAAACAUCAAUCAAACCCAAACUGAGGGACGUUCUUCAAAAGAAAUGGUCUGUAUGCUUCAAAAACGUCAACUCAGGGAAGACAAAGACUGAGGAAGUAUUCCAGAUUCAAGGAGACUAAUGAGAUAACUAAAUGUCAUGUGUGAUCCUGGAUUAGAUCCUGGACCUGAGGGCUUUUUCCCCCUUUGAUUGCAAAGGACAGCAGUAGACAACAGGUGAAAGUUGAAGAAGGUUUAUUGAUUAGAUAAUAGUAUUGUAUCCUGAUUUUGAUCAUUGUACUCUGGCUAUAUAAGAGAAUGCUCUUUAUUUUACAAAAUAGUCACUGAAUGGAGUUGAGGGGAAGGGACAUUAUCUCUGAGAUUUUAUAUAGAUAGAUGAUGGAUGGAUGGAUGGAUGGAGCAGUAGACAGAUUCGAUGGAGGAGUGGAUGGAUGCAGAUAGAUAGAUAGAUAGACAGAUGGAACUGGGAAUGAUCAAGCAAAUGUGGAAAAUUGAAUCUGGAUGAAUGGUAAAGGGUUUGUUUACAAGAAUUCUUUGUACUAUGUUUGUAACUUUUCUGUACAUCUGGAAUUGUUUAAAAAUAAAAGAAAAAUUAAACUCAAA